CUACGCCCGGCGGCGCGUGGCAGCGGUUUCUAAGUCUGCGCUGCGGCCUCGGGCCUGGGCCUGCUGCCGGGCUCCAGCUCGCGCCCCCUGCAGCCGGCGUGCCGGCCGCAGCCUCCGGCUCACGGGAGGAGCCGCCGCGGACGCUGCUCUGCGCUGUGAGGCCUCGACCAAAAUGGCCCUGUAAGUGUGGCUCCCUAGGGCUGUCGAAGGCCCUCCUGGCACGACGACCCUCCUCUAGCCUAAAUUCCAUACCUCAGGACCACCUCCAAAGUGACAGCCUUGCUCUGGGAGCCUAUUUCACACUGAACACGCCGCAUGUCCCACAAAAAUACAGUUCCAUCGUCGCUGGUAAAAAGCAGAAAUGGCUUCAAUGGAUAGAGAGUGGACGGCUGCCCGCUAAUAUUGCAGGAUAGGCUUUUGAGGUGACUGAGAAUCUUCAGGAAGUAAUGAUGCAUGAAGAUUGGUCUGUUUGGAAGCAAACCUAUCCAAAGAUAUGACUGGAGUUUGAGCAACUAUCUUGGGCAGUGAAGCAACUUUGAGGAUGGAAGGCUUUUUUGCUAAGGAAAGUAGACAACCAGGUUACUGAUGCCUAUGGAGGCUCCAUGUCAGCCUUGGAUUGCCUGUCUUAGGACUUCUGUGGGAGAGAAAAUACCCUAAACAUCCACUCCUGCCAGCAUUCAUGGUAAAGUUUCCAUCCCAUCUACGAUCUGACCUGUGCAAAUAUGGUAUGACUCGCAUCCUGUCCUCCCUACAUUGAUGUGCAGCAUGAGGUUGCUGUGGUUCCCUGAGCUCCAGCCUCCACAUGGUCUUCAGAGUCAUCCUCCUAAGCUGCAGAUGCUAUCAUCUUCUUUGACAUGACAUCUACAGCUCUUUAUCAACCGGACUCUUUAAGGACCUUACCUCUCCAGGAUCAGUAUCCCUGAGGGAAGGGAGGAGUAGGCGAAGUCCAAGAAAUAGCUGCAGGCUGGUUGCCCGCUGGGGAGGCAGGACCCUGUGGGCCCAGGACUGCGCAUGGCGGGGAAGGCACAUCCCCGCAGCCUCGUGGCAAGUCUUCCAGAACUGUCUGCAGCUCUUCCUGUGACCAAGAGGCCUUUUCCUGUGUUUGAACUCACCACCAAUGGCUGUGCUACCAAAGGCUGCCUGCUAUUCACCGACAGCUGCUUUGAACAUCAGUCAGAUCAGGUCAUCUGCCAAGCUGUGUGCCUCUGGUCAUAUCGCUCUGAGGCCUCCGGUUUGUCAGCUUCAAAGUACCUCACAAGUGGCGACUUGCCUCCUUCGGGGUGAAUGUUAAAAGAAGAGGAAGCCUGGACAGACUCAUGACCCCACUGGAAUUGAGGCUGAGAGCUUCCACCUCAUUUUGCAAAAGAAGAAAUCAGCACCAAAGAAGAGCAGUGAAAACUACUGCCAGGCCUUGUGGCCAGAUCUUAGGGUGCUUGGAGAGCACCUGUAAGUGGAAGAAAAGGCCUUCACAACCACUCUGGAGGAAGACUGGAAAAUGGAGCCCUGCUGAAUAAUGGAAGAAAACUGCCAAGGAUGCAGAAGGAAAUGAAGAUGGUCAAAGAUGAGGAUGUGCAUUUCAGUUUGGGUGUGAAGGCGGCCCCCUCCUUUCCCCACGGCCUGCAGCCGGUGGUUUCCCGGGGGAAAGCUCCCGCCCGACACCCCUUCCCGGAAGCUCUCCGGGGGCCAUUUUCCCAGUUCCGGUACGAGCCUCCUCCAGGAGACCUAGACGGAUUCCCGGGGGUCUUUGAAGGAGGAGGGUCUCGCAAACGCAAGAGCAUGCCCACCAAGAUGCCCUACAGCCACCCCGCGGAAGAAGCCGCUCUGGCCCUGCACCCGGAGGGGAGCAAGCACCCGGGCCGCCCCGACCUGCCCCUGCUCUUCCCGCAGCCCCCGCGCCCCAAGUACGACUCGCGGAUGAUCGACCUGUGCAACGUGGGCUUCCAGUUCUACCGCAGCCUGGAGCACCUGGGCAGCAAGGCCGUCAAGCAGGAGCCGGCGAAGCCGAGCGCCCUGUGGCCCCCGCCGACGCCCCCUCCGUUCCUGCCCACGGCCUACCCCUACUACCCCAAGGUCCCCCCGGGCCUCAUGUUCCCCUUCUUCGUGCCCUCGGCCUCGCCCUUCCCUUUCAGCCGCCACACGUUCCUGCCCAAGCAGCCCCCGGAACCGCCGCAGGCCCGCAAAGCCGAGCCGCGGGAGAGCGAGGAGACCAAGCAGAAGGUGGAGAGGGUGGACGUGAACGUGCAGAUCGACGACAGCUACUACGUAGACGUGGGCGGCACGCAGAAGCGCUGGCAGUGCCCCACCUGCGAGAAGUCCUACACCUCCAAGUACAACCUGGUGACCCACAUCCUGGGCCACAGCGGCAUCAAGCCGCACGCCUGCAGCCGCUGCGGAAAGCUCUUCAAGCAGCUCAGCCACCUGCACACUCACAUGCUGACCCACCAGGGCACGCGGCCCCACAAGUGCCAGGUGUGUCACAAGGCCUUCACCCAGACCAGCCACCUGAAGCGCCACAUGAUGCAGCACAGUGAGGUGAAGCCACACAACUGCCGCGUGUGCGGCCGGGGCUUCGCCUACCCCAGCGAGCUCAAGGCCCACGAGGCCAAGCACGCGAGCGGGCGGGAGAACAUCUGUGUGGAGUGCGGCCUCGACUUCCCCACCCUGGCCCAGCUGAAGAGGCACCUCACCACGCACCGGGGCCCCAUCCAGUACAGCUGCUCCGAGUGCGACAAGACCUUCCAGUACCCGAGCCAGCUGCAGAACCACAUGAUGAAGCACAAGGACAUCCGGCCCUACAUCUGCUCCGAGUGCGGCAUGGAGUUCGUCCAGCCCCACCACCUCAAGCAGCACUCCCUCACCCACAAGGGCGUGAAGGAGCACAAAUGUGGGAUCUGCGGGCGGGAGUUCACCCUGCUGGCCAACAUGAAGAGACAUGUGCUGAUCCACACCAACAUCCGCGCCUACCAGUGUCACCUCUGCUACAAGAGUUUUGUGCAGAAACAGACCCUCAAGGCCCACAUGAUCGUCCACUCGGAUGUGAAGCCUUUCAAAUGCAAGCUGUGUGGGAAGGAAUUCAACCGGAUGCACAACUUAAUGGGCCACAUGCACCUGCACUCUGACAGCAAACCCUUCAAGUGCCUCUACUGCCCCAGCAAGUUCACCCUGAAGGGGAAUCUGACACGCCACAUGAAAGUGAAGCACGGGGUCAUGGAGCGGGGCCUCCAUUCACAAGGUUUUGGAAGGGGGAGACUUUCCCUGGCGCAGACGGCGGGGGGCCUGAGGAGCCUGGAGCAGGAGGAGCCCUUCGACCUGUCCCAGAAGCGCGGGGCCAAGGGCCCGGCCUCCCAGUCGGACGGGGAGAGCGCCAGGGGCAGCUCCUGCCACGAGGAGGAAGACGACGACCACUGCUACGAGGCGGAGCGGGACAGCCCGGGCCUCGGUCCCCGCAGCCCGCCGCUCUGCGCGCCCCAGGACCUGUCCGCCAAGCCCGCGCCGGGCCCCAGGGAGGAGGCGCAGGCGGAGGAGGACGCGCCGCAGGGGGACCGCCUGCUGCAGAGCCGGGACAGCCCUGGGCCGGAGCGCGGCCAGGACAGAGAGUUGGUCGGCAGAGACGAGUGCCCUGGCCUCCGGGCCCUGCAGAGCGCGCGGCGGGGCCCCUCCUUUUCUGAUUACCUGUACUUCAAGCACAGAGACGAGAGUUUGAAAGAAUUACUGGAGAGGAAAAUGGAAAAACAAGCAGUGCUUUUAGGGAUCUAAGUGGACGGUUUCAAAAUUACACUUGGAAAAUAAGAACUAGGUGGUGCAAAUACAGCUUUCCGUUUUUGCUGGAGAUGGGAGAAGGGCAGGAAUCUUUACAAAUGGCUCAGGCUAAAGGAGCAGGGACGUCCUCAGUCGUGUAAAUGCUUCUCAGGUCAUUAAUUGGGCCCUUGAUUUUUAGCACACGUGCAGGGUCUCCUUCAGUGUUAUUUCACAGAUCUCUAGUGUAGUAAACUGUGCUGUUCUUCCGGACAUCGUAAACUGAUGCUGAGGUGCUUUUAGAAAUUCCAUUUUCUAUUGACUAAUAGGCAAUACAUGGUAAAUUCCUUUCUAGUUGCAAAAAUAUGGUGCUUGACACAUCACCUUAUUAAUGACUCUUUAGUUGAAUGUGUGAAAGCUAUAUUUUUCCAGAUAGAUGAAAAUAUUAGUAGUUGUGCAUAGUAUAAAAACUGCUUUAUUAAAUAAUCAAAACAUAACAGAAAUGACACAGGAGGGUGAGUUAUGGAAGAGAAGGUUCUCAUGUAGUUGCUGCAGAUAUACAAUUUCAGGAGAAUGUGAAUCAUUGUGACGAAGGAAAAACCAGCAAUACUUAGAUUCCUGCCUGAGACUGCCUUGUUCCGCUUCUGCUGCCUUCAUCAGACAUGGCAUUUGGAGCACAUUUUCAGGUGGCCUGACAGUGCUCAGUGACUGCAAGUUCACCCUUGCGUCCUGAGCAGAGCUGCCUCCUGGAGACCUUGCUCCAAGGCUUCGUGCCCCGUAAAGCAGCUUCAGGAAGAGUUGUCACCCCAGGAACAGUGGGUUUCUCUUCAGUGCUGGAGCUGGGAGUUCUCCCUGAAAUCUAAGCUCUAACUUGUUUGGAGUAUUAGAAUAACCACCAGUAAGGGAGAUGCUGGGUGACAUCCUCAAUGCUGCCUCUACUACAUCAGGACCAUCUCAGGGUGCUUUUAAAAACUACCAGUGCUAGGGCUGACCCCUCUGAGGUUCUGAUUUAAUUGGUCUAGAGUGAAGCCCCAGCAUUGGUUAUUUCCCAAAUUGCCCCCUAUCAGAUGAUUCUUAUGUGUGGCCAGGGUUCAGAAAGGUCGACUAGGCUGAAAGGGUGGCUCCCAAGACCCCCUCCCAGGGACUCCAUACAUAUUUCUGCUGCUGGCUUUAGACUCAUUAAAAUAGAAAGCAAGAGGCCUUGAAAUCAUACUGCUGACUUAGGUCUUCUUACCUGUUCCGAUACAAACACACUAUGUAAACAGAUCUUUUUUUGUACUAGAAAAUGAUGCCUAUGCUGCUUAUGGUCACUAAAUAUGUUUAAAAAUACACAGCCAGCCUAUAGUAACUAAUUCUUUCUUCCUAGAGGUGAUUCAUGAUUCCCGUGGGGGGUAGUGACUGUAAUGGGUGAGUUGAGCCCAGCAGGUAGGCCUUCUUUAGGCACCAGCAGCUGAUGAAUAAAGCAGAGCUGAGAAUGUCGCAUUCAUGUGACUGACUGGAAGCAGUAACCCUCUGGUACUGGGUCUGUGUUGAUGUAAAAACUGCCUCUUGGUCAUUAGUUUCAACUCAUUCGUAGAGCUAGGUACUGUCUGUUAUUUGCUUCCUCUCCUUCCAGAGCUCCCAAUACAUUUCUUUGGAAGACGUGGCCCAUCUCUGACUGCAGGAUGCAGCCUUUUCUCUUGGCCAAGGUGCUUCCCCUUCAGCCUCAUCUGGUUCUCAUCAGCCAUGCGUGCGCUUUGUCAAUCCUGAUGCAUUCUUUCUGCCACCCUUCGUAGGGCUCCUUCCUCCAGCUUCACUACCACCUCAAAGGGCCAAAGCCGUUUGGGUUUCCUACUGCCAUCCAUGUCCCAAGGUCAGAGCUCCUGCAAGGGGGGUGGUGAAGGUAAGGUCGAAGGUUUCUGUUGUUAUAAGCCCAACGCUGGACCUAGAACCUGUCCAAGUCUUCAGAGGGGCAACGUCCCUUCCAUUUAUUAUUAAUGUAGCUCAUCAGUGCCUCCGAUGACAUCAGCCAGAGGCUGCAGGAGUGAGGUCUCCAGCUCUUAGGAUCCUGCUACAUAUUCAUUCUUCCAGCAGCCGGGUGUUGAAGACCUGCAGAUUUCCAGUUUGUUCUCCGUGCACUGAGCUGGAAUAGGAACUAGGAAAUCUGGAAUAGCAAGCUCUAAGUGUUUCCACCCAAAACGAAUCAUGUGGAAAUGUUUGAGGAACAAGUUAAUGUCGGGAUGGAGAGAGCAUGGUCUAGAAUGGUGGUUUCCACACUAUGCGUUGAGAAGCCAGAGGUCCCUCUUAGGCCGUCUGGAGCUGCAAGGGGAGGAGCAAUUCCUAGCCCUCGUUACCACCUCACUCAAAGCAGCUCAGAUUCCAUCUGUUUUACAUGUUAGCCUUCCAAGUAAAAUUCCCCUUGGAGGAAGAAAAAAGGGUGUAGAAAAAGUAAUAAAAAUUGUCAUGGAAUGUAUUCUAAAGCCUGUUUUUAGUUCUUGACUCUGGGAUUGAGAAAAUCAGUUAUAAGUGGAUGGUUCACAUGCACUGACCUUUUGAGAGCCAAGCUAAAACCUUGGUUUUGUAAGUGAUCAGCAUCCUAGUCUGCCUGGGACAACCUGGGUUUAUACCUGUUGUCCCUAUGUGGUUACUAGCAGUGUCACCUUAACUCUUAAAAGUGUUCCAGUCUGGGUGGUAAAUUAUAUGGACACCCUGCGUAUAAGUGCAGUGCUCAAGGAAGGCACGGCCAGCCUUGCCCAAGUUGCAAAUUAUCCAGAGUGCAAGCCUGAGAGAGCAGCCUUGAGGCCAUCCUCAACAAUUAAGGGAUGACACCAACCAGGAUCAUCAGCACCCCAAGGGCCAGGAUAGCUUGACCUUCAGCACGUUGCAACACUCUGAACACAGGUCACUACCAAAUGCUUUCCAGGCUUUUGACCACUCUCUUUGAACCAACCAACCCAGCCAAGCGGCAUAUUUCUCUUUUAACCUUUUUAUUCAGGUAGCGCCCUCUUGUUGCCUUUCAACUCAUUCUCUCUUUUUAAGAAUUUGACUGCCCACCGGCCGUGAGACUGAGGCUGACCUUCCACAGCUCUGCAAGGGUAACUGGUAUAUUUGUAUAUGAGUAGUUGCAUGAAACAGCCCAAUGUGCAUACUGUAUUUAUUAAGCCCUGAAGGCAUUUAAUAAAAUAUUAACAUCGUG